GUACAGUAACUUCGAGAAUGAGAUUCCGAACUUUUAGAAUAUGUUUAAUUUAUUCUACACAAACAUUUGAAUUAAUUACAACCGUUUAGCACUUUUGUAAGCGGUCAACGAAAAUGCGAUAACUCAUACAAACAAGUACUUACGGAACUUAUUAUUUUUGCGAUCCAUUCAUUGUACGAGUAUAAAGUACGCAUUUUGGCCUUGGCGAGAAGUGAAGGCGGUUCCGUCUGCGUCUAGCACGCUUUCCGCAUGGAGUAGCGCCGUUCAUUUGAGCCAGUACAGUACUAUUUCCAGAGCGCCCGCCGCCCAUGUAUACACGCAUCACAUGCAAAUCAGCAUCUUCAGGAUUGUAUUGGUUUUUUCAGUGACAUCAUUGCCACUUUUCCACCAUAAUUCGUAAACAUCCCAGCCUGUUUAGCCAGAAUCCGAAGUUGCUGCUUCUAAUGUUUUCUUCGUUUUCGUUUUUUAUUUGGACUGGUCGAUUCUGUGGAUAUCCAAGGGUGAAAGUUAAGAUAAUCUGUUGACUUGGGGAAUGACUGUGUGAAUGUACGUGCGCGAUCUCUGUUCAGCCUGUUGUUAACAUCUCAGCGAUUACAAUCAUUACUUACUCCUAUGUAUUUGGGAAACCUUGGCUGUUUGACGGUUUGACUCUUAUUCCCUGAAAAGUCUGGUGUUUCCCGGAAUGAAUGGUUAAGGAUUCUACUGUAGUGGGCUUUGUCGAUCGUCAAUGAAACGUUCUGGUGACGAUCGUCUGGAGACGGGAGCUUUGAAUCCAGAGAAAGAAACGUUGAUGAGGUACGGUGGCCCGAAAUUAGCAGCCAAGAAAUUUUUCAAAUCAGUGCUUCCUGGUAAAACGCAAAAGUCAGCCUCCCCCGAAGGAGUGGCGCCCGAGUGCUUUCUGCGAAGAUUUUCUUAUCUUAACAUGGGUAACAACGCAUCUCAGCUGGAGAAAGAACUCGGUGUGGAGCAGAUCCCGGUGAACGAGAGAUAUUAUGGCCUGGUGAAUUUUGGAAAUACAUGCUACUGCAAUUCUGUGCUACAGGCAUUGUAUUUUUGUCGACCAUUUCGCGACCGAGUUCUACAGUAUCGUGUACAGAAUAAACGCUCCAAAGAAAAUCUUCUGGGCUGUUUAUCGGAUCUGUACUUUAACAUUGUCAGCCAGAAGAAGAAGCUGGGCACCAUUGCCCCGAAGAAAUUUAUAGCCCGUCUACGAAAGGAAAACGAAUCCUUCGACAACUUUAUGCAGCAGGAUGCCCAUGAGUUCCUAAAUUAUCUCCUGAAUUACAUCGGUGAUCUGCUGCAAGCGGAACGACAAGCAUCCACGGCUCCAUUAGUAAAUGGAUCCGCCGUCAACAACAGAAUCGGCGCUGGGCUGGGCGCAUCUUCCACGGAUACUCGAAAUGGCUACCUGCAUAACGACAAAACCGAACCCACCUGGAUCCAUGAAAUAUUCCAGGGAACAUUGACAAACGAAACUAAGUGUCUGAACUGCGAAACAGUUAGCAGUAAAGACGAGGAUUUCCUUGAUUUGUCGGUGGACAUCGAUCAGCAUACGUCGUUGUCGGCGUGUCUCCGUGGUUUCAGCAGCACGGAAACGCUGUCGGCGGAACAUAAGUAUUUCUGUGAAACCUGUUCGGCCAAGCAGGAGGCCACCAAGUGCAUGAGGCUGAAGCGUCUGCCGCGCAUUUUAGCCAUUCAUUUGAAACGUUUCAAAUACGUGGAUCAACUGAACCGGUACACAAAAUUGUCCUACCGUGUGGUGUUUCCGUUGGAAUUGCGAUUGUUCAACACGUCCAGUGACUGUAUGAACCCGGAGAAGCUGUACGAUUUGGCAGCAGUGGUAGUGCAUUGUGGGAGCGGACCGAAUCGGGGACAUUAUAUCAGUAUUGUCAAGACUAGUAACAAUGUGUGGCUGCUAUUUGAUGAUGACGUUGUGGAACGCAUUGAGGCAUCGGCGGUGGAGGACUUCUACGGUCUGACUUCCGACUUGCAGAAGAAUUCGGAAACGGGAUAUAUACUGUUUUAUCAGACGCGAGAGUGAACUCACAAUCAGUGAAGUGUUGUUGCCGGUUUUGCUUUUUAGAAAUUGAAGGUCUUGUGAGUAAAGCAUCGUUGAUUUGCUUGGUUUUAACCGUUUGAUUUUAUUUUGAGUUUCCAAAUGUUUGAAGUUUCGAUCUCACUGUAUCUGCAGGUGUGUGAAUUGAUUUAAGCAGUUUUUAUGCAGCUUGAUUGAAGACGCUAUUAGAGA